GAAAACGUCAGCGGAUUGUGAUUUGAUGUGGUAUUUCUACAUCUGAGCAAUGCGGUUUUGCUAAAAGAUUUUUUACAAUAUUCCGUAUAAUCGUGGAAUUAGAUUCGUUUUUCAUACUAUAAUUGAAUUUGUUCUUAUUAAAAAAAUGGCUACUGAGAGGAAGGGAACAUUUAAGGUGGAAUACCUACAGCAAAUCGAACGGGAAAUGCAAGCUCGAUGGGAGCGAGAAAAACUUCACGAAAAUGAUGCUCCUAAUGCUCAGAGGAAAAGUGCCGAUGAAAAAUUUAUGGUAACUUUUCCCUUUCCAUACAUGAAUGGAAGGCUUCAUCUAGGCCACACGUUUUCGCUGUCUAAGGCCGAGUUUAUUGUGCGGUAUCAACGACUCAAAGGCAAGCAGGUUUUGUUCCCGUUUGGAUUUCAUUGUACUGGAAUGCCCAUCAAGGCAUGUGCUGAUAAGCUCAAGCGAGAGAUGCAAGAUUUUGGAUGCCCCCCGGUUUUCCCACAGCAAACAGAAGUAGUAAUUGAAGAGAGGGACGUUGUUCCGAAAGAUAAAAGCAAAGGUAAAAAGAGUAAGGCCGUUGCCAAGUCUGGUGGAACUAAAUAUCAGUGGCAAAUUAUGCAAAGUCUAGGAUUGAAUGAUGAGGACAUUAAGAAAUUUGCCGAAACGGAUCAUUGGUUGGAGUAUUUUCCUCCGCUUGCCAUUCAAGAUUUGAAAUCGACGGGAUUUCACAUCGACUGGAGACGAACAUUUAUAACGACUGACGCCAAUCCGUUCUUUGACUCCUUUGUGCGAUGGCAAUAUAACCAUUUGAAGGCACGUGGAAAGAUUAUGUACGGGAAACGGCAUACCAUUUACUCUCCAAAGGAUGGGCAACCUUGUAUGGACCAUGACAGGUCAUCGGGUGAAGGAGUUGGCCCACAGGAAUAUACUCUUAUCAAAAUGAAGAUUGUUGGAAAGUUGCCAAGCAAGUUGGCAGGAGUCAACGUACCGGUUUAUUUGGUUUGUGGAACAUUGAGACCUGAAACCAUGUACGGACAAACCAAUUGUUGGGUGCAUCCAGAUAUUAAGUAUAUUGCCUUUAAAACUACUAGAAAUAAUGAGAUAUGGAUUUGUACCCGACGAGCCGCUAGGAAUAUGUCAUACCAAGGCUUCACUACCGUUGACGGUCAAAUUGAAGAAAUUGAAGAAUUGAUAGGUCAGGAAAUUAUAGGUUUGUCUUUGGUUGCUCCUCUGACAUUACACAAAACAAUUUACACGCUACCGAUGCUAUCGAUUAGAGAAGACAAAGGAACCGGUAUUGUAACGUCGGUUCCCUCGGAUUCACCCGAUGACUAUGCAGCGCUGGUAGAUCUCCAAAAGAAACCUGCCUUCCGAGAAAAAUAUUCUGUAACGGAUGAAAUGGUGUUGCCUUUUCAACCAAUUCCAAUCAUUGAAGUUCCUGGUCUAGGCAAUCUGAGUGCGGUUACCGUAUGUGAGAAGCUAAAGAUUCAAAGCCAGAAUGACCGUGACAAACUUACGGAAGCUAAGGAAAUGGUUUAUCUGAAAGGAUUUUACGAUGGAGUCUUGCUGGUAGGUGAACACGCAGGCAAAAAAGUUCAGGACGUGAAAAAAGAUUUAAAAAAAUAUCUAGUCGAUCGCAACGAAGCCGACACUUACUACGAGCCUGAAAAGACUAUUAUGUCUCGUUCCGGUGACGUAUGUGUGGUCGCUCUGUGUGACCAGUGGUAUCUCAACUAUGGAGAAGAAAAAUGGCAAAAGAUUGCUUUCGAUCAUCUGAAGACGAUGGAGUUAUUCCACGACGAGGUCAGGCGAAACUUUGAACAUUGCCUCGAUUGGUUACACGAAUAUGCUUGUUCCCGUACCUAUGGUUUGGGAACGAAGCUGCCGUGGGAUGAACAGUGGUUAAUUGAGUCACUAUCCGAUUCCACUAUUUAUAUGGCGUUUUACACCGUAGUGCAUCUUCUGCAAGGAGGCUCUUUCCGUGGUGAGAAACCUAGUCCACUAGGGAUUACCGCGGCAGACAUGACUGGUGAAGUUUGGGAUUAUAUCUUCUUCGGUGAUGCGAAGUUUCCCAGUAAAAGUAAAAUCAAGAAAGAAAGCCUAGAGAAGAUGAAAAAGGAAUUUAAUUAUUGGUAUCCGGUUGAUUUGCGUGUCUCGGGAAAGGAUCUUAUUCAAAACCAUCUCACAUUUUUCCUGUACAACCACGCAGCCAUAUGGCCCAACGAUUCGGCUAAAUGGCCUCGAGGUAUUCGCUGCAAUGGUCACCUGCUGCUGAAUUCGGCCAAAAUGUCAAAAUCCGAAGGUAAUUUCCUGACACUGUAUGAAGCAAUCGCUCUGUUCAGUGCCGACGGAACACGGCUGUGUCUUGCCGAUGCCGGUGAUAGUAUAGAGGACGCCAACUUUGUGGUGAGCACUGCCGAUGCGGGCAUUUUGCGACUUUAUACGUUUAUUGAAUGGGUUAAGGAAACGUUGGCUUCGAGGUUUGCACUACGGAAGGGCAAACAGGAUGAUUUCAAUGAUGCUGUGUUUAUGAGCGAAAUGAAUCUAAAAACGAAAGAAACUGACGAGUUUUAUCGUAAAAUGUUAUUUAAGGAAGCACUUAGAACUGGCUUUUUUGAGUUGCAAUCGGCGAGAGAUAAAUACAGAGAGUUUUGCGGAUCUGCGGGAAUGCAUGUGGAUCUAGUCGUGGAGUUCAUUAGACGCCAAGCUCUCUUGAUCGCUCCGAUAUGUCCACACGUGGCUGAGCAUGUCUGGGAGUUACUUGGUAAUAAAUCUAGUAUAAUGAAGGCCUCCUGGCCGCAGGUUGGAGCCAUAGACGAAAAUAAGAUUAAAUGCUCGGCUUAUUUGUUGGACGCAGCACAUUCUUUCCGUUUGAACCUGAAGAGUGUUUCGCAGGUAAAAACUAAAGCUGGUAAGGCUGCUCCGCCGGCUGCGGUCAAGCCAACUGAAGCGAUCAUUUGGGUGGCCAAGUCUUUUCCACCUUGGCAAUCUUGCGUGCUGGACACAAUGCGGGAAUUGUUCGAAAAAAAUAAUGGUCUGCCCGACAAUAAGGUACUUGCGGUGGAGUUGGGUAAGAAGGAAAUACUUAAAAAAUAUAUGAAACGUGUAAUGCCAUUUGCCCAGAUGGUGAGAGAACGCGUUGAAUCUGCCGGUGGACCAGGUAAAAGUGCGAUGAAUGUUUCUUUAGACUUUGACGAACGGGAAGUGCUGCAAAGAAAUUUGGAAUAUUUGAAAAAUACAUUGGAAUUGGAAUCGAUUGCCAUCGGAUUUACAGAUCAACCAGACGCUCCGGAAAAAAUGAAAGAGGAAGUUCGCCCCGGUGUUCCGUACAUUGUUUUCACGGUAAAGCCUAGUGUGUCAGUUACAUUGGAAAACCCCGUGGAGCGAUCUGGUUUGUUCACUGUGAAUUUGCAUCUAUCUGAAGGAGACACUAGCCGAACGUUCAGAGAGAAGUUGGCGAAGCAAAUCGGGUACAAAGCCGACAUUCAAGCAUUGGAAAUUCUACGCUAUGAAGAUCCUGCGCUCGGACCUCGAAAACUUCCUGCUUUUCAGGAUUUCCGCAGUGGUAAACUGACUCUCGAAGAUGGAACACUAAACGUUGACGCAGACAAAAAGCAGAUAUCCUUGACCAACGAAAAAUCGCAAGAUCUCAUUAUCGGUACUUCGUUUGUUUACGUUAUUAAUUGAGUUUCAUUUGUAUCUUCUUCACUGCGGUGCUUGUAUUUCAAAUUGUAAAAGAUCAGUAAAACUGAAAAUUCAUUGAAUUGGUAUUUUUAAUAA